GAUAGGAAACCAUUCACGGUUUAAAUUGAAGAUCGUUGUAAAAUGACUCGCCAGUUUUCGGUGACUAUUUCAGAAGAGAAUCAGAAUGAAAGCCCUUUUGGUAUCAAUUUUGCUCUGUUUUUCUGUGAAUCUUUCUGUUGCCGAUUUGUGUUCCUACAACUUUACCCUCGACGACUUGCCUAAUGGGGUCACUGGAGACAUCUGGAGUAUAAUUGCGAACAGCCUGAUAUACGAGAUCACUAACUGUUCUUCGAUAGAAUACGCGGGCGAAAAGAUUGAUUUUUGGUUAUACACAAGAGGUGGUACUCCAGACGGAGUUAAAGUUAACAGUGGGGCUGGGGAUACGUCGAUUCUGAAAGGAAAGAAAACCAUUGUUUUAAUGCACGGAUUUCUUUGCAGUCACAAAAACAAUCUGAUACCCGAACUUAAAGACGCGUACCUUAAAAAAUAUGAUGCGAACGUAAUUGCGAUCGAUUGGUCGGCAUAUUCUAUGGAUGUCUAUGCGAAAGUUUUCUGCAACGUCCCACGAAUUGCGGAAACAACAGCCAAAUUUCUAUGCAAAGCCGACUCCGAGCAGAACAUCGACAUUGAGAACUUGCACGUGGUGGGGCAUUCAAUGGGUGGCCAAUUGGCAGGUCUUACUGGACAAGAAACUCAAGCUCAAUGUUCCAAGUUACUGGGAAGAAUCAGCGGUUUGGAUCCAGCCGGUCCACUGUACUCCUUAAAAUCAAAAUCUCGUCGAUUGGACGCUUCCGAUGCGAAAGAGGUAAUGGUAUCUCACACAAACCAGGGUUUGUUGGGGUAUGCUGGUAACUGCGGCACUGCCGACUAUUAUCCCAACUUCGGCAUCUUCCAAGAGGGCUGUUCAGUUUUCAACUCACCUUCCAGCAGUGUUUUUGACAAACUGGCAUACCCUGCUGUUUGCAGUCACUUACGAGCAGUGGACUACAUGAUCGAAAGUAUAAAUUCCGAUAGUUUUUAUGGUAAAAGCUGUUUUUGGUGCAGUAGCUGCCUUGCAAAUCCUUUUACCGGAACUAGGGGCGUUAUGGGCGAACAUUUCACUUACGCCGAAGCAGGGUGUAGUUAUUAUAUGGAUACUAAUGCAAAAUCACCGUAUGGAAAAGGUUCCGAAUAUUACGGUGUGUAGGUACUAUUAGUCAAAACGACCUUUAACAUUUAUCUGUGUAUAAAAUCUUCAUUUUUGAAGAUGUGAAUAAAGUCGCUUUGCUUCAG